ACUCAAGAAAGCCCCGCCCCCUCAAGAUGGCGCUGCGCUCAAUGCGGAAGACGCGUGGGUGCUGGGGCUUCAUCCGGGCACUUCAUAAAGCACCCGAAGCUGCUCCUGCCCCCCAGAAAGAUGCCAUGAGGCGAGUAUUCUCUGGCAUUCAGCCCACAGGGACCCCCCACCUGGGCAACUACCUGGGAGCCAUCGAGAGCUGGGUGAGCUUACAGAGUGAGCCCGGCUCCGUGCUGUACAGCAUCGUUGACCUGCACUCCAUCACUGUCCCCCAAGACCCAGCGGUCCUGCGCCAGAGCAUCUUGGACAUGACGGCGGCUCUCCUGGCCUGCGGCAUAGACCCAGAGAGGAGCAUCCUUUUCCGGCAAUCUCAGGUGGCUGAACACACACAAUUAAGUUGGAUCCUUACCUGUAUGGUCAGACUACCCCGAUUACAACAUUUACACCAGUGGAAGGCAAAGAGUGCCCAGCAGAAGCACGAUGGAACUGUGGGCCUGCUCACAUACCCGGUGCUCCAAGCAGCCGAUGUCCUGCUGUACAAGUCCACACACGUUCCUGUCGGGGAGGAUCAAGUCCAGCACAUGGAGCUAGUGCAGGAUCUAGCACGAGGGUUUAACAAGAAGUAUGGGGAGUUCUUCCCAGUGCCCAAGUCCAUUCUAACAUCGAUGAAGAAGGUAAAAUCUCUCCGUGAUCCUUCUGCCAAAAUGUCGAAAUCAGACCCGGACAGACUGGCCACCGUCAGGAUAACAGACAGCCCGGAGGAGAUUGUGCAGAAGUUCCGCAAGGCGGUGACGGACUUCACCUCGGAGGUCACGUACGACCCGGCCCGCCGUGAGGGCGUCUCCAACCUGGUGGCCAUCCACUCGGCAGUGACGGGCCUUCCCGUGGAGGAAGUGGUCCGCCAGAGCGCCGGCCUGGACACGGCCCGCUACAAGCUGCUGGUGGCAGAUGCUGUGAUUGAGAAACUCGCUCCGAUUAAGAGUGAAAUUGAAAAGCUAAAGAUGGACAAGGACCACUUAGAGAAGGUUUUAGAAGCGGGGUCAGCCAGAGCCAAGGAAUUAGCAUAUCCCGUGUGCCAGGAGGUGAAUAGGCUGGUGGGCUUUCUGUAGGAAGUUUCAACUGAUUGCAAAAAGGCUCCUCUGGCUUGUGGUCUUUGCACUCCAAGAAAGGUAGCUUUCCUUCUGGACAAGCAGGAAGUUGUAGUCUGGGAAUAUUUAAUUCGGUAUAAUUGAUAUUGGCUUCAUUUGAAGAGUGUUACGUGCCUGCAGAUAGAGCAGUAUACUAGAUCCCAUCAGCAAAAUGCCGUGGUCAGGAAAGAAAAAGGCGAAGAAGGCAGAGCUUUCUGAGUCCUCAGUAUUUGAGGCGCACACUCCCCAGCCUGGUUUAUAUACACACACGUGACUGAGGUGACUGGUCAUUUGGCAGAAGGGGGUAUCAUCUGUGUCUUCCUCAAGUGGGCACUCUCAUAGACGGUCACUUGAUCUGUCCCAACCCUUCUACAGGAACAGGAAGAGGUCUCAGACUUACUGGUACAAUCCUGGGGAUGCCAUUGGGACCAACUUGUGUUCAGAUCUCAUAAAAAUGAGUUGAUUAAUAUAGUUCAUUUGUCACUGAGAUGGUGCCUGCUCUAAAGCAUUUAAGCUGAUUACCUUGUUUCCCGAGAGAUUAUACUGAUGGUUUUGGCAAGUUUUUUUUUGUGUGUGUGUGUGUGUUUGUUUGUUUUUAAUUCAGAUAUGCAUAUAAUCCUUUAAAAAGGCUGCAUUAUUUCAACUUGAUAUAUUUAUUGUUCAAGAACCCGGGCCCUAGAUGAUGUUCCUAAUAGGUACUCCCAACCCACUGUGAAAUAUAGGAGAGGAAUUGCCAUUUUACCUGGAGGAAAGGGAGGCUUGGAGGACACAGUUAAUUUAGACAGUAUCUCUCGGGAAGUGAGAGGCAAAUCCAAGAUGAAAACCUGUGCUCCUUACAAGAGCCUCCACCCUUUGGAAGGGGGUCCUAGAAAUGUAAGACCUGAACUACUGAGACCGUUUCCAUCAGUAACUCAACCACUGCCGGUUAGGUCACAUUUGCUCCUCGUAGUCCCGACGCAGGUCCCACGUUCUGUCUCCUGUACUUCUUGCAGAGGCACUUCCGGUAGACUCUGCCAGACUACAACAGUGGGGAGGCCGGAGCAGUGUGAGUGGAAACCCCCCGUCUCCUCUACCUCGUCUCUCUAAG